UGCGCCGGGCAGACGCUCUCUGCUUCUCAAUAGGCCCCGGCGCCACCCAAUCAUGGACAAAUACAUUGGGUUUACCUGUUAAUCUGACUUUCACUGUCCGAUCACAGACUCCGAUUGCAAUAAUGUUGGACUGGCAUGUGGAAAACGCAAUGGCAAAUCCGUGAUGUUUUCACAACUAAAUCAUUCUUCUGACUGAGAAAACAUGAAGUGAUAGCAGUGUGUAUUCUGUCUCUCUACAGUUCCGUCCAACAGCUGGCUGCCUGCGCUCAGGACCCCCGUUGUCACGGAGACCUCACCACGGAGACGAGUCCCACAGGGAACAUAAGAGAGAAAGGGGGGAGGGGAGUAGAGAAAGGGAGAAGAAGAAAGCAAAGGAGAGUCAGUUAAAGACAGACCGGAGUGCAUGUGAGCAUGGGUUAUGAUCUGGAGAGGUUUGUGGGCUAUGUGAACGAGGGUCUGCUGUGCAGUGUGUGUCGGGACGUGUUGGAGCGCCCCCUGCAGGCUCCAUGUGAGCACGCCUACUGCAGCGCUUGCAUCAGCGCCUGGCUACUGCAGCACCAGUCCUGCCCUGAGGACAGGCUGCCCCUGGACAUCAGCACCCUCAGACCCCUGCACAGGUACAUGAGGAACGACCUGAGCCGUCUGCAGGUGCGCUGUGUUAAUGCAGAACAGGGCUGCGACAGGAUCUGCCCCCUCGAGACUCUACACACACACGAGGACGAGUGUGAGUUCACACUCCUGCGCUGCUCCAACAUAGGCUGCCCGGUGCAGGUGGAGAGGCGGGGUCUGGAGGAUCACCUGACCGAGUGUGGCUUCAGGAGCAGGGCGUGUCCAAACGGCUGUGGCCACACCCUCCUCUCAGUGGACCAAUCGCAGCACAACUGUGUUGCCGUGCUGCGCGCUGAGGUGGAGAUGCUAAGGGCAGAGAUGCUGAACAAGGUGGAGGAGGUGAGAAGUGAGAUGGAGUCACGACUGGACUCCCAGAGGAGACACAUGGUGCAGAAGGAGUCCAUGCUGAAGAGUGAAGUGGAAGAGCUCAAGGGCCAGCUGUUGAGGGUGAUGUGCGACGUACGGGCUCUGCUGGGGGCGGAGCGUCUCCGGAGACAGCAGGUGGUGGAGGCGGAGCUCAGAGCCAUGCAGCCAACCAGGAGACAGGACACAGCCGACCAGCCAAUCAGAAGCCAGCAGGAAAACCAGGAGCCAAUGUGGAGAGAGCAGCUGACCAGAGGCCUGAAAAGAGAGGCGGCGAUGCAAGCCUCCACCCAAUCACUGUCCUCCACCCAGUCCCUAUUGGUGCUGGCUUCGCCCUCAUCACCGCAGCUGGGUGAAGGCCCCCGCAUGGCCGUCGACUGCAUCAAGAAGAAGAACCGUGAGGUCACCGUCAUCUGAACCUGCUCUCCCCUCCUGGACCAGUGGUUCUCAGACUGUGGGGGCACUGCCCUGAGGGGAGG